AUGUGGAAUGUUACUUGGCUCGGUGAUGGUUCCUAUCGUUUAACACCACAGAGUCAUCUACAAUUUGCUCUUGAUGUUUAUCAAGAAAAUACAACAUUAGGCGUAGUUAAAGUAAGUCAUUGGUAUAGCGAAAACAAUCAGCGAUGGAUUCUUUCUCCUGUCGCAACCAACACGUUCCGUGUUGCACCACGUACAGUUUGGUGGCGAGCACUGACGGUUGAUGGAAUACCGAACGUCUUUAUCCGCGAUUAUAUAAACAGUAUUGAUCAACAUUGGAUUCUCAUCAAAAUCUAG